AUGAGUCGGAGUGAACUACGCGGUCUUCUGGCCACCAAACCACAACAAAGACACUCGGAGCCAGCUGCCCUGACACCGGCUCGUAGGAUUGCUUUCAACAAGGUGAGCCCGUGUUUUUUGCUGCUGUUCGAACAAGCAGGAACUUUUCUUGCACAAAAAAGUGACAAAAACAUCCGAAUCGCAAUGUGUUCCGUAUUUGAAAUUUGCAUAAACUGUGCUUUUUCAACCCAGGCUUCUUCUAUUUUCUGCGCAAAGAACGUUUUAUGUCAAUCAGCAAUUAGCGAAAAGAGCUUAUUCUAAAGAACUCCCUCUCUCUUCCUUUUUUUUCAAAAUGGUCUCAUUUGGAGUCGGAAAAUAAUGGCAUUGUGUCACUUUAUUCCAUAAUUAUCUGGCAGCGACACCGCUUAGGGGAAAAGCUCAAAAGCCGAAGGAACAAUAAAAUUUCUAUAGGCGUUUGCGGUUUGUAUGUAUAAUUUCUGGCGUCUAACAUAUCCCCUUUCCUGAAUACUUGAACACCACACUUCUCUUUUCUUCCGGUCUAUUUUUUAGGCUAGGAUAUUUCGUGAAAACUGCGUUUUUCCUCGUGAUAAGUAAUUGCUGACUAACUCUCUCUCUCUCUCUCUCUCUCUCUUUAGUUCUACUCUUUAAAAAUAGUUCGUGAGUUGCCCCACUUUCUCAGCCUUCUUCAGUUAUGUAAUGGACGUUGUCCCUUGUUUUCAGCGUCGCUCUUUGAGCUUCUUCUUUAAAUUGCCACCUCACCGCUUCUCGUCCAAUUAAUUAUGCCUUUCUCUCUCGCCUAUUUUCUCUCUCCUCUUAUAACUAAAAAAAUCUGUGUGAAUAAGAAGAGAAGUCCUCCCCCCACCACCCCAUUCUCAGAAAUUGCGCUAUUUCUCUGAGCUCUCGCAAUAAUGUUUCCGAUACGGUCAAAUGUUACGUAUUCACCUAAUCCUAGAACACGAAUUAAAACAAGGGUAACCUUAUCAUUUGAAAAAUGCUCUUUCAAAGUUGCCCAUUUUUUUUUACAGAAACAACCACCCGUUCACAGACGAGGCGACGAGCGCAGCUAUUCGAUCACGCGGAGGACAAUUACCCGAUUUCGGAGCAAAUUACUUCUUCUCGAUGCACAGGUUCGCCAUAAAAACCAAGAGGCUUUUUCGAUUACAUAUUUUAUGAUCCUGUUUUCUCAAGAACUUUAAUCCCACUCGGAAUUGAAUCAGUAUGAAUUUUCAGAAAAGAAUCUUCAGACCUUUUUAAUUCGAUUUUCCAAAAGUGCCACUUUCGUCCAGAUUUGAGCAUUUUGAACCCUAAACCUCGAACCUCCCAAAUCGUUUGUUUUCCUUUUUCCUCGUCAGCAUCGUGCACUUCUCCUCCUGUGCCCCACACAUUGUUUCCAUUCUUCCUACUUCCGGUUCUUCCAUUUCCAUUUCCUCCCUCUGCUUUUCUGUUGGGCUUCUCUUUUACUCGUUUCGAAUCAGUUUCUCACACGUCUUUGAAAUUGUUUACCUGAUUGCACUUUUUGGGAGCCCUUCUCUGAAAAGGAAUGCAUAGGACAAGCUCUCGGAUUUCAGACACCUAUUCACAUUGUGUUCCCCCCGCAGAGCGUCUGUCUAGUGUCCAAUGCAAUACAAAAAGUGAAACAUUUCUCAUGUGUGACUUUCAGGAAAUGUGCCUGUGCGGACUUUUGAGCAUAUCUCACUCUGUUCAUCUCAUAUUAUGCAUCGAGGUUCGUUUUUCAUUCAUAUGCUUUCUAUUAGUUCCACUCAAAUGUCACUUUUUUUAUUGCUAUGACCAAAAUUCUAUAAUUUUGAUUCAUUAGUCGCAAUGUUAAGAAGUUUACAGGCUGACUUAUGGAACAAAUAUUUUUUCCAGGUAUUUUUCGCACUAAUUCUUCUCAUCCAGUCCCCUGACUUGCUCACAAUGAACGGUACCUACUUUUAUUUUCUUGGCUUUUUCGACGGCGGCGGCUUCUUUUUCUUCUCACUGCACGUUUCUUGUAAGUUCAAUCACUUUCAAAUAACUGCCAAAUUCUAAUUUUCAGUGUGCGUAACGUGUCUAAUAUCGGCUGCCCUCCUCUACGUUGGCUCCCGGUGUCAAAUGCCGGUGCUCGUCGUGCCUCACGUCUUCUGGCAGUUCACAUUCAUCAUCGUUUCCGUCGCUGCGAUUAUCGGUUCGCCUCAUUUUUCGCUUCUUUCACCCACUUAAAAACACACCCAUCUUGCAGUGCUUAUGACUCUCGGAAUUGGCGGAAAAAUGCUUUUGCCGUCAAGUAUCGUGCUCAGCUCCAUGAUGGCAGUGGCAGGUAGCCCGUCUCGGCCCAAAAACUUUGAAAUUGAAAUUUUCAGGCGGUUGCGAGAUGUGGUGGUGCCUGCUCUCGAUCGCAUAUUAUCGGCACAUCUCUCAGCUUAAGGAUCAGUCGUUUUCUACCUCAAUCUCUCCGCAGUAUGAGGACGAUGAUCCACUUUGUGCCAGGGAUAGUCUCGUCUAGGAAAUGAACAAGAAUUCUAAUGUGUCACGUUGUUACGGGCUUUGAAUUUUUCAUAAAAACUGAACUUAUAAACUGUCAUUGCUCAUUUCCAUUUCUUUUUUCAGUUAACAGCAAUUGCCUUACUUUUGGUCUGUUUUACUUUUCUCUCAAGUUCAUCCAGUUUGACCUACUUUCACUCACACUUGUCAGUGGGAUCUCUAUAAGUUUUACGUACUCCACCUUUCCUCUAGUCUCCAACAAAUAAGGGAGCGUCUACUCCUCUCUUUUCUAAUCAACAUCAUCACUCUUCUCACCUGUUGGUCGUCGCAAAAACUCAUAAAUCUGAGCGGCUUGGCAGCUCAGAAGAGAUUACUUCCUGCCGAGACGGCUUUUGGUGGAUAGGGGGGGAUGUGCUCUUCCCCUUCUUCAUUUAUUGCUAGAGUUAAGACAACGAGUAAGAGGAAGAAGAAGAAGCUCUGGAAUUUAUUUGCUGUUUGGUCUCGCCUCGGUGUGAAGUCACCCACGUUUCCACAACAUUUAGUCUCUAAAAUUGUUCGAUUUGAAAAAAAGAAAUUGUUGUUUUCUGGAACUCACCUAGGAUUCCAUCAGCCCCCUCGGGCGGUUUUAAAUCUCCUUUCGUACAUCUUUUGGCGGGAGCUUCCAAUUUUUGUGUCUUGAGAAAAAUGCCGGCUCUAAACUGGUUGUAACCCAAUUUGGACCGAGAACUAGGAUGCCGUCCCACUGACUAGACUACCUUUCCUUCCAUUGUUUUUUUCCCGCUUCCUGCGUUUUUAUACUCAUUUCAAGACAGCUUUUCUCGUUGCGCCCAAAAUAAAGGAAUUUUUGCGCUCAUCUUUCACGCUCUCUCCCACUUUUCCCCGUUUUCGUCGCCUGUCAGACCACCUAUUAAUAAAUGAUCACACAUCCUGGUAUCAUAGACUUCUUUUCUUGAGCCCUCAUCCUUGUACAUAGACAUUGUUCUCAUCUGGAAAGGAAAUGUGUUGCAUACGCCUAUUUCAGAACUCUGGCACAAUUUUAUCCCAGCUCAACGACUAUCGUGAAACUUUGUAUAUAAUCUUCGGCAUAACGUGUCUUGUCUCAUGGCUCUGCUUCAAUUUAUGGGCAUUACGGUAACUUUGAGAUGGAAAAAAUGAAACAUUUGGCGAUGCGACUGGUUUCAGUGAAUUCUUCUGUCCAACUAUAUUUCAUUCCUCACCCCGCCCAGAAGAUCGUCUCACUCGAAUUAAAAUGCAAUACAUAUCCAGGUGAAUCGUUUUCUUUAAUUUUUUUAAUUGAAUUUUUUAAACACGUCUAAAAAGUUUGGUAAAUAUUCCAAAUGUUUCAGUGGUCGCCUCCUGACUAACCUAACUUCUUCCCGAAGUGCAACUUCUACGACUGAUGCUCAUAACAUUGAGAUAUUUGUGGUUUGA